AUUUGAUUCGAUUAUGCUGUUCUGGCUGCGACAACCAGUUUAGCCAGUUUCUUAACGAGGAAAAAAAAAAAACCAAAACCGGUCUCUUUCCCUUCAUCUCUGAGGUGAAUCCGCGACGAAGACCUGCUGCUUUUACAGUAACAACAGUUCACAACCCGGACACGACCAUGAAUCCCGAAUAUGAUUAUUUAUUCAAACUGCUCCUGAUCGGUGAUUCUGGUGUCGGAAAGUCUUGUCUCCUUCUACGGUUUGCAGAUGACACGUACACAGAGAGCUACAUUAGCACCAUCGGCGUGGACUUCAAGAUCAGGACCAUCGAGCUGGACGGAAAGACCAUAAAACUUCAGAUUUGGGACACGGCCGGUCAGGAACGGUUCCGAACCAUCACGUCCAGUUACUACAGAGGAGCUCACGGCAUUAUAGUAGUUUAUGAUGUCACGGAUCAGGAGUCCUUCAAUAACGUCAAACAGUGGCUACAGGAGAUCGACCGCUACGCCAGCGAGAACGUCAACAAGCUGCUAGUAGGCAACAAGUGUGACCUCACAACGAAGAAAGUUGUCGACUACACCACGGCUAAGGAAUUUGCCGACAACUUGGGCAUCCCCUUCCUGGAGACGAGCGCCAAGAGCGCCACCAACGUGGAGCAAGCCUUCAUGACCAUGGCGGCCGAGAUCAAGAAGAGGAUGGGCCCCGGGGCCACGGCCGGCUCCUCGGAGAAGUCCAACGUGAAGAUCCAGAGCAAGCCAGUCAACACCUCGUCCGGAGGCUGCUGCUGAGACCGAUGGAAGAAAAAAACAGCCACGCCCCCCCGAAUCCAGACCCCGAGCCCACGACCAGUCUCAAUGUAACCACGCUCCACAGGGAAAGAAAACCAGAGAGAGAGAGAGGGGGAGGGGGAGAGAGGGAGAGGGAGAGGGAGAGAGGGAGGAAGACUUUGAGUGGACCGGUUUGUAAGUGUGUGUGCAGCUACAACACCAGAUUCCCAUCCCACCCCCUUUUCAAAGUCAGCAAUAGGACGGUAAGCCCAUCAUCCACACACACACACGCAGAACCCACUGGGCGGUUUCAUUUUCUUUUUCCUUACUUUACCAAAACACACUCAUACUGGAAAAAUAAAAAAUAAACUAAAUGUAUACGAUUUUUAACAGUGUGUGAAAUUAACCAAUGAAAGAAAAAAAACACGUAUUCAGCUGUUUCUUCUUCUUCUUCUUUUGUUUUGUUUUUGUUCGGCCCCCUGCUCUUUCCUUUUGAGUUUGAGUCACUUUUCUUAAAAAAAAACAACUAAAACUGAAGAAAAAACACACACACACCCCUCCCCCUACACACACACACACACGGUUGUCUUUUAUUUCGCUGUGGAUAAACAGAGCGACUUUGGCCCUAAAAAUCUCCCUCAGAUCUACGACUCGGUUAGCACUUCAAAUGAAGCACAUGCUUAAAAAAAACAAACCAGCAUCAUGCACGUUCACAACAGAUCACAUGCCUCUCGGUUGCAUGUGAGCGGCCGCAGUUCGUGAUGCCGUCACGGAAAAAAAAAAAAAAAAGCGAGCGGCGUCCUGCGCUCCGAUAACGUCACCUGCUCCCAACUUCACAGUGUCGCCCCUUAAAUAAACGACGUGCCAGUGCCUUUGUGGCAGGAGAUUCUACGUGACAUUUAUGCCUUCGGUGCUGUUGUGUUGUCGGCGUUUCCCCCUUCCCCUCUCGUGUGCCCGCAGUCGUGACUUCUUCCUCAAAGAGUCCACAUUGUAUGAUAGCAGUCAACAUUCCUGUAUAUAUCUAUAUUCGGCUCUGUGUGUGUGUGUGUGUGUGUGUGUGUGUGCUCUGCUGGGUCUUCAUGAUACAAUAAGCAUGUGCUACAUGGGGAGACGUGACGUCAGCCGUGUGUUUUUUUUGUUUUUUUCUCUGCUAAUGCUCCUCGACCGACAGCACAACCACAACAGGAGAAACGACAAAAGAAAAGAAAAAACAAA